AUUUUGAUGUCUGACACCCCCCUAGGAUUUUUUCGAGGCGCCCUUUUUAGGUGUUGAACGCAACUCACGCCCCCCAUUAGUUCGCCACACCAUUCACUCCUCUCUCGGUUCUCGUGAAAUCGCCGAGCUUCUUUGCCGCACCACACUAUCCUCUCCGCUCUCCACUCGUUGCUCCGCUCUCCGCUCUCCCGUCUUCCUUCCCCUCGCCACUCCCGUCGCCCUUCCCACGCCCGUCGCCCGUCCCCCUCCCGUGGUAACACAUCCGCUGCGACCGUCGGCGUGUGUGAUUCGCAAGUAACAUUCAAUCUCUCUGCCGUGACUUCCAUCCGACCUAUCCGCUCUCGGCUCUCUGCUCUCUAUCGCACCCAACUUCGCCAGCUCUCACUAUUUCCGCCCCUAACCCGACCCCCAGUGCCUCUUCCCGCUACCCCUGGAAACCCGAGGUCCCCUGAAACAGCCCAAACCCGCCGUUUCCAGCCGUGUCCGCCAUUUUCUAUCCGCGUCGAUGCUCACCGCUCGAUGCGCCCCUUUGAUGGCCAAAUGCGAGGCACUUUCCGAGCCGGGAAAAUGGCCAAGUCCCUGAAGCCCCGGAUCCAGCGGUUUCGCGCUCUUCUCAUUGGGCCGCAGCAGCCUGCGUUUCGCGAAAGCUGAGUGCACUGGUUCGUGAUGGCGAACGCUGACGUGGCGCAGCUAUGCAAGAAGGUGGAGCAGCUGGAGGCGGCGGCGCACGAGGCGCGAGCGGAAGCGCAGGCAAAGGCGCAGAUGGCGGAAGGGCUGCAGAAGAGCCUGGCGGCGGCGGAGGAGGAGAACAGCGAGCUGCAGGCAGGGUGGGCGGAGCUGAGCCGCCAGCGAAUGGAGGCGGACGAGGCGGCUGAGAAGCUCAGGAAGGAAACGGCGCGGUUGGAGAGGGAGGUGGAGGGGCGGCACAUGGAGGCGGUGCGGCUGCGAGCGGAGGUGGAGGAGGGGCGGCGCGCGCUGGAGGAGAGCAAGAAGGCGGCAGUCAUGGCGGCGAGAGAGCGCAAGGCGCGCGAGCUGGAGUGGGUGUCGCAGAUCAGCCGCCUGCAGUCCGCCGCGCAGACAUCCUCCAUGGCCAAGCUGCAGCUCGUCGCUGAGUCAGCGAGCAGCAAGCAGAGGUGCGAACGGUUGGAGGAGGAGAAGAGGGCGGUGGAGCGGCAGAGGGAGCGCCUGGAGGAGGAGAAGCGCGCGCUGCAGCAGCAGCUCAAGGCCGCGCAGGAGCAAGCUGCAACUCCCGCGGGUGGAUCCGCGGCAACGGAAGAGGCACUGCAGAAGGCACUGGCGGACCUGGCGGCGCUGCAGAAAGUGGUGCAGGAGGAGCGGCAGGCGGGCGAGGAGGCGGCGGCGCAGUGCGCGCAGGUGGAGGAGCAGUGCCGCGCGCUGGAGGAGCAGCUCGCGCACGCGCAGGCCAAGCUCCAGGAGGCCCGCGACGCCGCUCAGGCGAAUGGCGGCCCUGAUGGCGCCAUGCUGGCGGUGCUGAACCUCCCUGAGAGUGACGCCAGAAUGCAGCUCGUGGAGGCGCUGGCCACUCUUGAGCAGGAGAGGAAACAGUCGAGCUCAUGCCGCAUGCAGCAGAUCGAGCUCAGAAUCAAGGCCAAGAAGCUCCAGGACGAGCUGCGGUCGCUGGACGUGGCGGCGCUGAAGCAGGAGAUGGCACGCCUCAGGGAUGACCUCGCGCACGCCAAGGCGCUGCUCGACAAGGCGGAGGAGGAGAAGGAGGAGCUGCUAGGGCGAAUCAAGGAGGCGGAGGCGGUGGGCAACAGUGCGAUGCAGGCGGAGGUGGAGCACGUGCGGGGGGAGAACAGUGUGCUGUUGCAGCAGCUCGACAUGCUGGCGCGGCAGUUCGACGAGGAGAAGAACCUCAUCCACGCCCACAUGGCGCAGAAGGAGGAGGAGGUGGCGGACAUGCGGCUGCGCGUGGCGGACGAGCGGCAGGAGCGGGAGGAGGCGGAGCGGCGGGUGGAGGAGAGCGAGCGGCGGCGGCAGGCGCUGCAGGCAGAGGUGGAGGCGCUGGAGCAGCAGGCGUUCAAGAUGCGCCACACCAUGGUGCACAUGCAGCGCCAAAUCACCGAGGCGGAGCACUCGUCGAGCCGGCUGUACCUGGAGUCGCUGGAAGCGCAGCGCAGCAAGGUGGCGCAGCUGGAGCAGCAGCUGGCGGACAAGGCGCAUGUGGAGCAGCAGGUGCUGCAGCUGCAGGCAGCCAUGGCGGGCGCUGAGUCGCACAUGAAAGACAGCGAGGCCCAGCUUGCAGCGCAAGUGGCGUUGCACAAGGCAGCCAACGAGUCACUGCAGCAACAGCUGGAGGAGACACGGUCGCACCAGCUGACAUGGGAGCGCGAUCGAUCCUCGCUGCUGCAAGCCGUCAGCAAGGUGGGGGUGCGGGACCCGUGCAAGCCAACGCACGUGGUGCGGUUGCGGCAGAAGAGCACGUACACAUGCGUGCAGUGCCUGCUGCUGGGCCACGGCAUGGCGUGGAAGUGCACUGCCCGUGACUGCGGGGACUUCAUGCACCCUGACUGCAUGCUGCACCGCUAGCUGUCCCCCCACCCCCACCCACCUUCCUCCUUCCCCACAUUCACGCACAUCCAGACACUUAAAGCACAUGCAGCACUUGUCCGACGUGCUGUGAGGCAGUAGAAUUGUGGAUUCAUCGGAACUUAUUGCUUUGCUGGCAGGCCUGACGUUUCAAGAUAAGGCACUCUGAGCCAACCCCCAAAAAAAAAAACUGUCGAGAGACCUGCUGGGGUUGCCCUUCAGAUCCUCGGGGAGGGGCUACAGGCCAUCUCCCCGCUUGGGGAGUUGAGGGCAGGCCUGACGUUUCAUAAAAACCCCCCGAGCUGUCGACUAAAAAAAAAAAAAAAAAACCCUGAGGGCUCAGUUUUAAAAAAAUGCCUACCCUGAUUUGUAAGUGUUCAGAAAUCUGGAACCCUGAAUAUCCCAGGGUUCACUGUGAAAUAAAUCGUCUGGUGUUGUAGUAGACUAAGUAUAGAACUAAAAACACGACCACUUGGCAAAUCCUCAAGUGUUGGUCCAGGAUCUUUGCUGGAAUGGUAGACUAGUAAGACAGCGGAAGUCUUGUUAAAUAUAAUGGUCAAGGUUGAAUAACCUGAGUACGUGAAC